AUGCCAGAACUGGAGACCCACGAAGGAUUCGCGGCUUGCAAUUCCGAAGGAAGGGCGGCCGGAGGAGCUGAAAAUCUCAGCCCGCGCUGCAACAAGCACUUCAACCGGCCGAGCAGCCUGAAUAUUCACGUCAACACCGUGACCCACACUGGCGCGAAGGUGUUUGUGUGCAGCUAUCCGGGGUGCAACCGCACUAGGCUCAACGUCACCUCGAACAUGCGUCGGCACUACCGGAACCACCUUACCUCCUGCUGGCGUGAUGCUGUCGCGCGGCUGAUUCAGCAUCCCUCUGGCUCAGCGCACUCGCCGCCCCUCUCGGCCUCGCCAUCGCGCUCGCCCGAGCCAGUCUACUCCCCAGGCUCAAUAAACAGCUACUCAUCGGCACCCUGCCUGCUUGCGCACUCUGCACCAUAUUCAGACCCUGAGGAGUACGACACCGGCCGCUCGCCGCCCCCCAGCAGCACAUGUCACCAUUCGUACGCCCGCCCGCCGUCCCCGCGCUACGCCGCCAAUGUCAAGCGCGAGACACCCGAGCCCGCCCUGCCCGUGGGUGCCAUCCCGGAGUCGAACCUUCGAUUUCCAUAG